AGUUAGUAAAUAGACCGCUUGGCGUCGCCCAAUUCGUUCUAAAUUUGCAUAAAUUGACAUUUCCAACAAAAAACAUUUUGUAGUGAACAAUGGCUGCUUUUAUCAAAAAAGUUAAAUUCGCAAAUAUUAAGCUUUGCAAAAUGGCCAAGGCAUACUCUUAGAGAAAAAUAUAAUUGUAUUUUUACCCUCUUAUUUUUAUAGUAACUUCAGUACAAUUUUAGUGUUAAUAAUAAUAUUAAUAUAAUAAUUAAAAUAAGGGAAAAUAUUAAUUAUAUUAAGUGAAAAAUCAAAUAAGAAGAAAUGGCUACACAAGAGGAUCGUUCACUCUCAUCUGGAGUUUCCAUUCCAAGGUGGAUGAAAAGCAAAAUUACUGACAAAUUUGACUUUGAUCAAAGUGCAUUCUCCCCAACCGAACCCGAUGACAGUUUCAUGUACUACUACCGCCAUCCGGUAAAAGAACGAAGAGGAAGCGACAACAAAAUAUUGUCAUCUAAUAUAAAGGAAAGCAAUAUCUCCGUUACUCAAGUCUCCACCAAAAAGCCUGACUUCUCCAAACACCCGCCGCCAUGUCAAAAAUAUUUGCAAAACGAGGACAAUCCGAUCGUAACGAAAACACUGGACGGUAGGAUGAAAUCAAAUGGAACGGACGACGGAUUUAAGGGCGAAGCGGCCAAGUGCGGCUCCUCAAUUAUCCGCGUGGCCCAUCAGAUGGUUGCGGGAAAAGUGGUGCACGGAUUCCACUUAGCGGAGGAUGACGACUGCGAUCCGGAUCUGAAGAACUUCGAUCCACACAAGCGGCGCGGUAGCAAGUCUCUGCCAGCGUCGCCCCUGACGUCACCGAACAGCUCUCCGAAAAGCAGGCGCAGAGUGAAUAAAUAUUUUACCGGCGCCUACACUGAUACGGAUAAAUCAAAGGGCAGUUGGAUCUUGUCUAAUUUGUUGGCUAGGAGAAGCUUGUCGCAGUCGGUCAGCGGUUUCAUUGGGGAAGAAACCAAGGAGGAUCUUGAAAGAUCUGCGUCUACGAUGAGUGUCGACGAUGUACCUGUUUCGAAACCUAAUCAAGUCUACAAAGCUCAGCCCUCUGAACUUAGGGAGAUGAAUUUUUGGUCUCCCACCUCCAUGUAAACUGAAUUCUUGAUAUUAUUUUAGGUUCUGUUGUUUAUUUUUAACGUAAAUGAUAUACUACGAUUAUUUUAUUAAUAAUGUACGGUUAAAAUUUGCUGGUUGGAGAAUGAAUACAACUUAAUAUUAUCUAAAUAGUAAUAAUAAAAGUGUUAAAAAUUCAAGAUAAUAUUAAGAGUUCGUUUACAGCAAGUUAUAUUUAUAAUUAAAAUUCUCAUUAAACUUAAUUUUAAAUCCCUUAUAAAAUACAUGUUUUA